AAACUUUCUUCUACUUUGCGCCUUUGUCCCUAGUCCCACUAUAUAAGAUGCGCCUGCGAAAGCAUGCAAGGGGAUGCUAGAUACUGUGAUCCUACCGCCAGAUCGUUAUUCUUCAGAACCCUCAAUAGCUCCCAAUCGCCGUCGACACCAUGAAUCGGGUCUUGGCUCUCCCAGCUCUGUUCUUCUGUCUCUUCACCUACACCCCCUCCUACACCACCUUUAAUUUGAUCUUCUUUUAUAUGACAUGGACAACUCUCAUCCUGUCGCAUUCCCCAUUCAAGGUUGAACUGUUCGGCUCCAUAGGCGUGCGACUGCUGUUCUAUAUCCUCCCCUCGGCGCUGCUCUUUCUAUUCGAUGCGCUUGUCCCCUCAGCCGCCGUGCUGCUCAAGGCGCAUGGUGAACAGGGCCUCCCGACUGGAAGCAAGAGACGAGGGGUCCGAACUCGAGAGCUCAAAGUCUUAGGAUGGUCGUUCCUCAACAUUUUCAUAAGCAUCGCCGUGCAAGCUACCAUCGAAACUCUUCGCAUUGGGUAUUUCAAUACGCGCAGUGCUCUCAAAGUAUCCUUCUCGAUCCCGAUCAUACCUUGGAACAUUGCCUUCCACCUCGCCUGUGUCCUACUACUCCGAGAGAUCCUCGCAUACACCAUCCACCGCUUCAUCCUCCAUAACGACAAGUACCGCAUCACGCGCUACAUCUCCUCCCUCCACCAAACCUGGUACCACUCGCUUCACGCGCCCUACCCUUCCACCGCCCAUUACGACCACCCUAUUCCCUACCUCUUCGGUAAUGCUGUCCCCACAUUACUCCCCGCCGUCUUCCUCCGCCUCCACAUGAUCACCUACGCCAUAUACUUGAGCAUCGUCUCGCUGGAAGAGACUUUAGCUUACUCGGGGUACUCCGCCAUGCCGAUGGACUUCUUCCUCCUGGGCGGCAUCGCUCGUCGAGUCGAGAAGCAUCUGUUGAAUCGCGCGGCCGGGAACUUCGGUCCGUGGGGUAUUGCGGAUUGGUUUUGUCAGACUACGAUUAGCGAAGAGGAGGGUGAGGAACUGAUCGCGGAGACCGAGGACGAGGGUGAUGAGCCUACGCCUGUUCUUAGGGGGAAGGAAAUGUUUGAGGCCAAGGUGCAGGAGGCUUUGGAUUCGCAUGCUAAGAAGACGCAGAGAAAGCAUAAGAAGAAGUUGAGGCAGUUGUUGUGAGGCAGUGUGGGGAGAUAUAUAUUUUGUUGUUAAGUAUAUCUUUGGUGUGUGAGGUUGGUUGGUUCGUUGUUAUGUGCUCACGGAUCUUGUAUUUUAUGAUGUGAUGCUAUUUCUGAUGUUAUGUGCGCAAUAUGGGUUAUAUUGUCUGGCAGGGAGUUUGGUUCGACUUGGCUGGGAUUGGUCUGGUGUUUCAUAGAAGAGUCGC